ACAGAAGGCAAGAUGCAAAAUGCUGCUUCCCCUAAGAGUAACGAAGCUGCCAUAAAAGCGUCUCCCGAUAAGAGUAUUGCAGCUCAAACUUUCACUUUCCGGGAAUUAGCUGCUGUUACAAAUAAUUUCCGGCAAGAAUCCCUAAUUGGUGAAGGUGGAUUCGGCCGAGUUUACAAAGGAAAACUUGCUAAAACCGCCCAGGUUGUGGCUGUGAAGCAACUGGAUCGCAACGGGUUGCAAGGAAACCGAGAAUUCCUGGUCGAGGUUUUGAUGUUGAGCCUUCUCCAUCACCCAAAUUUGGUGAAUCUUGUAGGAUAUUGCGCAGAUGGCGAUCAACGACUUCUUGUUUAUGAAUAUAUGUCUGGAGGCUCACUAGAAGAUCAACUUCUAGAUCUUCCAAGAGGGAAAGCCCCGUUACCUUGGUUCACGAGGAUGAAAAUUGCAUUAGAUGCUGCAAAAGGUCUAGAAUAUUUGCACGAUAAGGCUAACCCGCCUGUUAUUUACCGUGACUUGAAAUCCUCCAACAUCCUACUUGAUCAAGAUUUCAAUGCCAAACUCUCAGAUUUUGGGUUAGCCAAGCUUGGGCCCGAGGGAGACAAAUCGCAUGUGUCAUCCCGAGUAAUGGGCACAUACGGAUAUUGUGCACCUGAGUAUCAAAGAACGGGUAAGUUGACAACCAAAUCUGAUGUUUACAGUUUUGGAGUAGUAUUGUUGGAGCUCAUCACCGGAAGAAGAGCCAUUGAUACAAGAAGGAGAAAUAAAGACCAAAAUCUAGUUUCUUGGGCGUUUCCAAAUUUCAAGAACCCUCAAAGAUUCAGGGAAUUAGCCGAUCCACUAUUAAAAGGAGACUACUCCGAAAAAGGUUUGAACCAAGCAAUCGCAGUUGCAGCCAUGUGUCUAAACGUUGAUGCAUCGGCUCGACCAUUGAUCAGCGAUGUGGUUACUGCUCUUACUUUUCUUGGAGACGAAAUAGACGACACGAUAGAAUUAGUGGAUUCUCCAAUUAAAUUAUCUCCAUCUCAAGCUUUUUGUUAUAUCAAUAAGGCCAAUAAGGCAUCGGCUAGUGACCGAGAAAGAGCAGUUGCGGAAGCCAAGGAAUGGGGUACGAGUGCUAGGACUAGCGCCAUGUCAAAAUCAAUGCGUUAAAUAAAACGUUUCAGGAACAAUGGCGACAAAUUGCUUGAUUUAAUGCUUUGAUACAGUUUUGAAUGACGCAGGAAAAUAGUUAAGUGUUCAUUAGCGGUCGGAUCAUUGAACUGUCCAAUGCUUUCAUCAUUCGAGUCAGGUUAAUAAUACGUAUUUUGCUAA